GUAGCAGAACAGCAUUUUCUCGUCGGCCAUCGUCUACGGAAUCAUAGAAGAUUAAAACUUGUUGUUUUCGAUAAUAAAUCAAUAGUUAUUAUCAAACUAGACAGCAUUAUAAAUAUCUAUAGAAAAAUUAAAUAUCUCAAUCUCCAUGAUAUGGAAAUAACGGUAAACUGAUAAUCAACACUUGCCAUUGAAGAUCUGUUUGUGUCAUAACCUGCUUUUUUGAGGUUAAAACUUAGGUUAGAAUUCGUUCAAAACUUACGAAGUCGCCGUGUCUUAAGGCUGUGAAAAAUGAACGUGAUGUUAUCUCGUAACGGGUGCGUCGCUUCACUGCUACCAAGAAUAUUUUCAAGAAGAUUCGCUGCAACAAAUGCCGACGAAGUGUCUAACAAAGAUGAUCUCGAUAUUGAAACACUGAACGAGCAAUUCGACUUACCCGAAGGCACCCAAGGUUUAACCGAGGAAGAAAUUGAGCAAAAGAGAAACAAGUCCAGGCUUAAUGCUCCUCACAGAAACAUUUUGUUUGACAAAUGUCCUCAAUAUGAUCCAAUACAGUCUUUUCAUACCUCAGUUAAAUAUAAGCAAAGAAUAGUUGGAAGGUACGGUAUAGAGGCUAGCAACGUACCUAUUGGAAUUGCCUGGCCGACGAAGGAAGAAGUUGCAGAUAGGAAGGAAUAUGAAUCAGUCUUAUACCCAGAAACAAUUUAUGAAAUGUGGGAUAAGAUCGCCAAGAAGAAUGUUGAGUUGGCAGAAAGUAUCAGAGCCAGGGAUGAAGCUGUAGCUCAAAAUGUAAUGAAACUAGAUAAAUGGACUGCAGACUUAAAUGCCAAGAUAGCUAAGAAAGAAGCGGAGAUAGCGGCAGCCAGGGAGAGAAAAGAACGUCUGAUAGAAGAAGUCAGACGUCAUUUUGGCUACAAAAUCCAUCCCAAUGAUGAGAGAUUUAAGGAGAUGCUUGCUCAGAAAGACAAAGAGGAUAGAAAACAGAAGAAGUUGGCUAAAAAACAAGCCAAAGAACAGCAGUUGAUGGCCAAGCUUGCUAAAAAAAAUAAAGAGGAGAAAACAAAAGGAGAUAAAAGACAAGAUAAUGAAGUUAAUGAAGAUGCUGAGUGAUUCCCGAAGUGUUGUACAGAAAUAAAUGAAAGGCAAUACGUAGACUGACAAGAAAUGCGGUAACAGGAGCUUGUAUUUAAUAAAUUUGAUGCAUCUGUGAAAUUGUAAA